UGGCGCGACUUGACUUUUUCAGUGCUACUUAAAUGAGAUCUCUGAACUCGAGCUCAGCCCGCCGAGCCGGGCCGCUUCAGGGGGAGGCGCCAAGUCUCGGCUGGCCUUGGCCCGGGGCGAGCAGUCCCCGCUGCCCGGAGCGGAGAGGACGCGGCGCGGAGUCACGUUAACUUUUUUCUGGAAGACAGCUUUACAAGAAUCUAGACGGACCAAAUUUCGGGCUCCAGAACAUUCCACCAACCAGCUUAGCAGAUCAUACAUUCUUCAGGAGCUGAGAGCUGAUAAGCCUCUUCUUCACCGUGAUUUGAAACUUUCCAGUCUCAGAAAAGUUGACCAAGGGACUGCACAGGACUGAGUCCAUAUGGAAGAAGAACUGCCUGGUUUCUAUGGAGAAAGUGGCAAGAAGGAAAACAAAUUAAGCAGACCUCAUAGGAAAUAAGAUUCCUUCAUGCUAUGAGGAGUCAGUACAGGCUACCCUGUCAUCGUUGAAGAUGUUAGAUGUGGGGAAGUGGCCAAUUUUUUCCCUUUGUUCUGAGGAAGAGCUGCAGUUGAUCCGUCAGGCGUGUGUCUUCGGCAGUGCUGGCAAUGAGGUUUUGUACACUACAGUCAACGAUGAGAUUUUUGUGCUUGGCACAAACUGCAGUGGCUGUCUAGGGGUAGGUGACAUUCAGAGCACUAUUGAGCCUCGGAAACUGGAUUCUUUAACUGGCAAAAAAAUAGCCAGCCUCAGCUAUGGGAGUGGCCCUCAUAUCGUCCUUGCAACAACAGAUGGAGAAGUCUUUACCUGGGGUCACAAUGCUUAUAGCCAGCUGGGCAAUGGGACAACAAAUCAUGGUUUAGUGCCCUGCCAUAUCUCUACGAAUUUGUCAAACAAACAAGUCAUUGAGGUCGCCUGUGGGUCUUACCAUUCUUUGGUUUUAACAUCUGAUGGAGAGGUCUUUGCCUGGGGUUAUAAUAACUCUGGGCAAGUAGGAUCUGGGUCGACAGCUAACCAGCCCAUUCCUCGAAGAGUCACUGGAUGCUUGCAGAACAAAGUAGUUAUGAACAUAGCAUGUGGCCAGAUGUGCUCCAUGGCUGUUGUGGACACUGGAGAGGUCUACGUCUGGGGUUACAAUGGGAAUGGGCAGCUGGGCCUGGGCAGCAGUGGCAACCAGCCAACCCCAUGCAGAGUGGCCGCCCUGCAAGGCAUCCGUGUGCAGCGGGUUGCCUGUGGCUAUGCACACACAUUAGUAUUAACAGAUGAAGGUCAAAUAUAUGCUUGGGGCGCAAAUUCUUAUGGCCAGUUGGGGACUGGCAAUAAAAGUAACCAGUCCUAUCCUACCCCUGUUGUUGUGGAAAAGGACAGAAUCAUAGAGAUUGCAGCCUGUCACUCUGCCCACACGUCUGCUGCCAAGAGCCAGGGCGGGCAUGUGUACAUGUGGGGCCAGUGCCGGGGCCAGUCAGUGAUCCUUCCACACCUCACCCACUUCUGCUGCACUGAUGACGUGUUUGCCUGCUUCGCCACCCCUGCUGUCACCUGGCGCCUUCUCUCUGUGGAACCUGAUGACCACCUCACUGUGGCUGAGUCUCUGAAGAGGGAAUUUGACAACCCUGACACUGCAGACCUCAAGUUUCUGGUUGAUGGAAAAUACAUUUAUGCUCACAAAGUCCUUCUUAAAAUUAGGUGUGAACAUUUUCGUUCUUCAUUAGAAGACAGUGAAGACGAUAUUGUAGAAAUGAGUGAGUUUUCGUAUCCUGUGUUCCGAGCUUUCCUGGAAUAUCUAUACACGGAUAACAUCAGCCUAUCUCCUGAGGAGGCAGUAGGAUUGCUAGAUCUGGCUACAUUUUACAGUGAGACACGGUUGAAAAAGCUCUGUCAACAAACUAUCAAGCAAGGGAUCUGUGAGGAGAACGCUAUUGCUCUGCUUUCUGCUGCUGUCAAGUACGACGCACAGGACUUAGAAGAGUUCUGUUUCAGAUUUUGCAUCAACCAUCUGACUGUAGUAACACAAACGUCAGGCUUUGCAGAAAUGGACCACGAUCUUCUGAAGAACUUCAUCAGCAAAGCCAGCAGAGUUGGAGCCUUUAAGAACUGAUCCCCAAUGUGGAAAUGAAUGCUUAAGCCUUCCCAUUUCACUCCACAAAGAUAAAUAAAUACGUGAAUAAAUCAUAAUUACAAAAAAAAAAAAAAAAGCCAUUGAUGAACAACUUCUCUGUAAUUAACAGUGUUGAUGAAAACUACAUCUGGCCAGAUUCUUGUGUCCUGUCAAAAGGCUGCAGUCAGUUCUCUCCAUCUGCCUAGCCAAAGGUUUACAGUAGCAGGAUAUGACACACCACAUAGAAACUGAAUGUCUACCAGUGGCAUUCGACUGGGGAAUCUCCCUAUCCCAGCAGGUGUCGACUGUAAAUAGCUUUUUGGGUGGGUGGGUGGAUGGGGACUGUGUUCACCUCCCUUUUCUGACCAAGGAUCUGUCUGGUAUGAGCUUGUACAGGUCUCAUAAUUCUGUCAUUCUCUGAUUUCAUACAUGUGUGUCCUGUUCUUUGAAGGCAGGCCCCAUGCUUAGGAGUAACUAACAGAUUCCAUGGGUCCAUGGUAUUUGUGUGUAGUUUUUUGUUUUGUUGUCAUUUUGGAUGGCUGGUUGUCUUUUUUGGAAAGUUGGGAGGUUCUGGAAGAGGUUGAGGUAGAGAAAGAAUAUAAUGAAGAUAUAUAAAAAAUAAAAAGGUAUCACAUAAAAAUGAAAAUUAUAGUUACCAUUUCUUCCUUUGAGUCACCUAUGGUGGAUAUCUUUGGGGCAUUGAAAGUUUGCUAAUCUGGAGAAAUGGUCCAAUAUUCAACGGGUUGAUACAAGGAAUGCUGUCAUGCCCACAUUUUUAGCCUCUAACACAGUGCCUUAUAUAUAAAAGGCACUCAGUUAAUUCACUGUCCAUCUUAAGGGUACACUGAGAAUAGCGAACGUUGGGAAGGGAAUAAACAAACUUAGAAGUUUGUAAUUACUGAUAUAGUUUAUAGUUCUGAGAAAUAGUAGCUAACUUAGACCAUUAUCAGCAUUCAGAAAAUGCCUUAGCAACUAAGUUGUCAAAGGCCCAAGGGCUACUUUUAAUUUUCUACUUCCCACAUUAACUUCUCAUAAUGGCAUUGUUGAAAAUGAAACAUUAACUUUGAAAUGUUACUUCUGGAAUCCUAUGCCUUAUGUAUUUGCAUAAAGCCCUUUGCUUUUCUUUAUAUUAAGGAGAGUUUCCCUCUAUAAGAUUGAUUAUAGUUUUUUCUUGUAGCUAGCUUUUAUGUCACUAUAAAAUAGGUUUCUUAACCAAACACUAGUAAAUACUAUAUAGAAAGGAACUAACACAUUUCAUGGGUAGCAUUGUGUUGGAGAAAGUCUUGAGUUUUUUGACCAAAACAAGCCACUGUGUAGCAAAAGAGAAACUAACUGAACAAAAUGUAGCAUUGGAUUCCUCUAAGUGUCUCACAAUAUAUUAUGUAAAGGAAAUCUUUUUGGAAAUAGAAAUCUUAUUCUCAUGUAUAAUUGUUUGAUAAUAAAGAACUUGAUAGAACAAACUGUCUUCUUAAAUUGUUGAAUAACAAAAUCAAGCUAUCAAACUGUUGUCUCAUAGGUAGAUAAAAAUCCCUUUUAUGGUCUGUACUUAUUAAAAGCAGAUAUUCAGAUGUCUUCUUAUAGCAAAGUUGACCCUAAAAUAUAAAUGGUUCCUAAUUUUUUAAAAGCC